AGGACUGAGUUUAUAAGCAUAAAGCUUUCCAUCAUGGCAUUUGUUAAUUUUUAAUUUCAUAAUCCUCUGAGGAGAGAGGCUCAGAAAUGGAAGGGCUGUCCUGCCACCUGCGCUGUCAGCUAGGGCUCCAGGCAGAGGGCUGAGCAUUUCCCAGGACUUGUAUCCUCACUGUCAUGUUCAGGGCUCAGCACAGAACCUGAGGCUAAGCCAGGUGUCCUCUCUUCCUGUGGCACCCCCACAGGCUCCAGCACUUCCCCACUGCAGCCCUCGUUAACCCGUCACCACUUCCCUGCCUAGGGCCCCAGCCCAGGGGAGGUUCUUUCUUAUCCCCACUCCACACCCCACUGUCUAGCAGAGUGGCUAAAUGAACAAGAUUCUGCUCAGAGGUGGUAUCCCCAUUUUACAGAUGGUGAAACUGAGGCAUAAGGAGCUUAAGCAACUUGCUCAGCCAAUAAGUGGGAAAAGCGUUCCCAGAGACAACAGCAUAUUAUCCCAGCCAUUACCACCCCUUAAAGAAAUGACAUAUCAGGCAGCCUGUUGGUCUUGGGGCCAACUACAAGUUUCGGCAUGGGGUGCCGUAGAUGAAGCUGAUGGCUGAGGUGGUGGAGAGGGUGAAGGAGAUGGGGGUGGUGGCCUGGGGUGGGCAAGUGAGGAGAGAGCUCCUCCAGCAGGUGACACAGAAGUGUUGGGGGAGCUGGUGCCAGACUCCAGGUGUUUAGCCUGGAGUUCACCAGUGGGAGGAACCAACAAGGUGGACAAUCUGAAAGCUGGGUUGCAGGGAGGGGAGUAGGGACUCCAGGAGGCAGUGGGCCUCGGGAUGGCAGCGAAUAGUCACAGCUAGAUUUUCAGAGCCAGGAGCCCAGGCCCCUGGAGGGGAAGAGAUUGUGCAAGGUCACUCCCCAGGGAGCCCAGGGUAAUGAUGGUAAAAAUAAUAGUUGCCCUUUCUGGCUUCUAACCAGGAGUCAUCUCAUUCAAGCUCCCACAACCCCUUUUUACAGAUGAAGAAACUGAGGCUCAGGAAGGUGACCUGUAGCUUGUGGAGCUGCAUUUCUAAACACGGCCUGUCUAAACUGCCUGUCAUCAGGACAGGGGGUCAGGGCCUGGGGCUAAGGAUGGGACCCAGGAAUCAGAAGCAGACCCAAGUCAGAAGCAGAGAAGCAGCAAAGUGGGGCUGGAUGCCUAACCCAGACUGGGCACAGCUGGGAGCGCCCUAGCCUCAGGGCGGGUGCAGGCAAGGGGUCACGAAGCCGGGUCUCAGCGACGGCGUCCGCCGCCUCUUUCUUUCCAGGGUACAGACCAGAAGAGCCUAGAGGGAGGGGAACGGGCAGAUUCUUUCCUUCUCUGGAAGGGGCAUGUAUCACACUGGGGAGUGGAGGAGGAAAAGGGCGGCAUAUUCCUUGGGUUGGUCCCUUGGGCAUCCACAUGGGAGUGGCCCUCUGUCCGUUCCCUGGUCCAGGGUCCUGGGUCUUAGAGGCACAAGGACAGCAGGACGGGAGGCGGCAGCCCCAUCCCACAGCCUCGGCUGCCAUCCGGUGGCCAAAGCGCAGAACUGCACCAUGUGGAGCCACGGGACCCCCGGCCCGGCCUCCCGGGGGGCACGAGGGGCGUGGCACGGCUCCCACAGCCAUCGGUCUGAGGACCCUGCCCUCAGCCGCAUCAGUCUGAGGGGAAGGCAUGGCCCUGACCUUAGAAGCCCCAAUUUGGCGAUGGGGCAUCACAUCCCUCCGGGCAUCUCAGAGCUGCCUGCCCGAGGGAGGCGACGCAGAUGGAAAAGCCCUUCAGCCACGUCUCGCAGUCAGAGGAAACGGGUCUCCUCUUUGGCCAGCCAGGUCCUCUUCCCCCGGGUGCCGCCUGGCUGUGCGACCCCGGCAGUCCCCCCGCCUCUCCGGCCUCAGCCUCCUCUCCUGGACAGUCCCGUGGGCUUCCCGGAGCCCGGUGUCACACCGCCCCGCGUGCCGCAGGUGGUCAUCGUGGUGACAGACGGGAGGCCCCAGGACAGCGUGCAGGACGUGUCUGCGCGGGCCCGGGCCAGCGGCGUCGAGCUGUUCGCCAUCGGAGUGGGCCGCGUGGACAAGGCCACGCUGCGGCAGAUCGCCAGUGAGCCGCAGGACGAGCACGUCGACUACGUGGAGAGCUACAGCGUCAUCGAGAAGCUGUCCAGGAAGUUCCAGGAGGCCUUCUGCGUGGUGUCAGACCUGUGCGCCACAGGGGACCAUGACUGUGAGCAAGUGUGCAUCAGCUCCCCGGGUUCCUACACCUGCGCCUGCCACGAGGGCUUCACUCUGAACAGCGACGGCAAGACCUGCAAUGUCUGCAGUGGUGGUGGUGGCAGCUCGGCCACUGACCUGGUCUUCCUCAUUGAUGGAUCCAAGAGUGUGAGGCCAGAGAACUUUGAGCUGGUGAAGAAGUUCAUUAAUCAGAUCGUGGAUACGCUGGACGUGUCAGACAAGCUAGCCCAGGUGGGGCUGGUGCAGUACUCAAGCUCUGUGCGCCAGGAGUUCCCCCUGGGUCGCUUCCACACCAAGAAGGACAUCAAGGCGGCUGUGCGGAAUAUGUCCUACAUGGAGAAGGGCACAAUGACUGGGGCUGCUCUCAAGUACCUCAUUGACAAUUCCUUCACUGUGUCCAGUGGGGCUAGGCCGGGGGCCCAGAAGGUGGGCAUUGUCUUCACUGAUGGCCGGAGCCAGGACUACAUUAACGAUGCUGCCAAGAAGGCCAAAGAUCUCGGCUUUAAGAUGUUCGCUGUGGGUGUGGGCAAUGCCGUGGAGGAUGAGCUGAGGGAAAUAGCCUCAGAGCCCGUGGCAGAGCACUACUUCUACACGGCUGACUUCAAGACCAUCAACCAGAUAGGCAAGAAGUUGCAGAAGAAGAUCUGUGUGGAGGAAGACCCGUGUGCCUGCGAGUCCCUGGUGAAAUUCCAAGCCAAAGUGGAGGGGCUGCUGCAGGCCCUGACCAGGAAACAUAUCCCUUCCCAGAGGUGGCUGGGGCCGGGGAGGGGUGCAGGGCAGUGUUGGGGGAGGCGGGGGCAUGGCCCAAGUGUGGUCGGUUGGGCAGGCUUCUCUUGGCCUGCUUACUGCUGAUGGGCUGCGUUCUGGCAGAAUAGGCUGAAGCCAGCUUGGGUGCAGACCCUGUCAAAAGCAGAGACUUCUAGAGGGUAAACAGAGAAAUUGAGGCAGAAGCCAGGAUCUAGGGACUGGACACACACCAGAGUCCUGGACGUGCUCUGAAGAACAUGGGGCCCAUGGCUGCCCCAUUUCUCAGGCUCAUGGUGACAUGCCUGACCCCAGUACCCACUCAGAGAUGGGGCUGGGCCCCUGACAGUUCCCCUGGCUCAGCCGGGACUAGGUGGCGUCCCAGCAGGGCUAAAUCUGCAACUGAGCAGGGCUGGGCACUCGUGGCUCGCAGUAACUCGCUGUGUGUUUUGGAAAGCACCAUUCUGAGGACAGUGGAUGGAUAAGUUCGGACAGAGGGGAGAACGCACACUACAGUGGGGUGUUGCAGGGGCCUGAGUGCAGGGCCACAGCCAUCCCUGCCCUGCUCUGGCCAACCUGCACCUCUCCUUAACUCUGAGUCCACUGGAAGCUGUGAGUAAGCGGCUGGCCAUCCUGGAGAACACAGUCGUCUAAGGCUGCCUGUCGCCACUGUGGCCUCUCCAAGAGUCCUGCACGUGUCCCCUGUAGCUUUGCCAUUUUAGUGAGGGAAGCCAGCCUGGGGGUGGGAGGGGGUGUGUCUGGGUGUGCCUAUUGGGAGUGUGUAACGGCGUUUAGGAGCUCGUAUGUGUAUGUGUGCGUGUGUGUAUGUGUGCUUGUGUGUGUAUGUGUGCGUGUGUGCAUGUGCUUGUGUGUGUAUGUGUGCUUGUGUGUGUAUGUGUGCGUGUGUGUAUGUGUGCUUGUGUGUGUACGUGUGCUUGUGUAUGUGUGCUUGUGUGUGCAUGUGUGCGUGUAUGUGUGCUUGUGUAUGUGUGCUUGUGUGUGCAUGUGUGCGUGUAUGUGUGCUUGUGUAUGUGUGCUUGUGUGUGCAUGUGUGCGUGUGUGUAUGUGUGCGUGUGCACGUGUGCCUGAGGGUGGGCAUGAGUUUUGCCAGAAUGGGAGUGUGAGAGUGAUAAUGCAGGGGUGAGUGUGAGAGGGACUGCGUUUGCAUUUUUAUAAUCAAAGGCUUAAUAUAUUCCCAUUUUUUUUAGUUAACCCUUUCUUGACUCUGAGUGCUGUGAAUUUCUUUACCGAUUUCUCUAUUCUCCGGUGAGAAACAAUUAAAUGUGAUUUAACUUAAGCACUGAA